AUGGCCACGAUGACCAACGAUGAAAAGACUUCUUCCCAUGAUCUCAAUUCUCUCCUUGGUUCGGAUGAAAGAGAUUUUCUUAUACGGCAAAACAAUGAUCAGGUAAAGAUCAGUUCUUUGAUUGGAAAGACAGUGGGAAUUUAUUUCUCUGCAGCUUGGUGUGGUCCUUGUCGCCGUUUCACCCCAAAGUUAGUGCAAGCUUACCAAGAACUUUCUGAAAAAUCUGACUUUGAAGUGGUGUUCAUCUCUUUUGAUAAAGAUGAGGAGGCAUUUAGUGGUUAUUUUGGAAAGAUGCCGUGGCUUGCUCUUCCUUUCUCCGAUUUGGGGACAAGGAAGCGGCUUGAGAGAUUAUUUAAACUGAGGGUGAUCCCUUUUCUCGUGAUCCUUGGCAAGGAUGGUGUUUCUAAUGAUGCCGGUGUUGAAAUAAUCUCUGAUUAUGGUGCUGAAGGGUACCCUUUUACUUCUGAAAGACUAGAUCAAUUAAAGGAGGAAACAGAGAAAACCAAAAGAGAACAAUCUUUGAUGUCCCUACUGGUUAAUGUUCCCCGUGACUAUCUGCUUUCAAAUGAUGCAAAUAAGGUUCCUGUGAAUGAGCUUGAAGGGAAAACGGUAGGACUGUAUUUUUCAGAAAAUUCCCAUAAAGGAUGCCUUGAAUUUACCAAGGUGCUCAUUGAAGUAUAUAAGAAGCUCAGAGACAGAGGAGAAAAUUUCGAAGUUGUGCUCGUGUCUUUAGAUGAAGAAGAACAAGAUUUUAGAGCCAAUUUUGGAACCAUGCCAUGGUUAUCUUUGCCUUUCAAGGACCAGAACUGUGAGAAACUGUCGAGGUACUUCCAAAUCAGGGACCUUCCGGCAUUAGUUGUAAUGGGUCCAGAUGGGAAGACUCAGCACCCAAAUGCAGUUGAAUCGAUUGAAGAACAUGGGGAUGAGGCAUAUCCUUUUAUGCCCGAAGAGUGUGCUAAGUUAGGAAAGGCAAAAGCCGAAUCACAGACAUUGGAAUCCAUCCUGGUUCAUGAAGAUAAGGACUUUGUCAUUGCCAAAGAUGGAUCAAAGGUUAAAGUUACUGAACUUGUUGGAAAGACGAUCCUCUUGUACUUUUCUGCCGAAUGGUGUCCUCCUUGUCGGGAUUUCCUACCUAAAUUUAUAUCAGUUUACGAAGAAAUCAAGGCAAAGGAUGACGCAUUUGAAGUGAUUUACAUCUCCAGUGAUCGCAAUCAAUUAUCUUUUGAUGACUACUUCUACGCCAUGCCUUGGUUAGCCCUUCCUUUUAAUGAUGAGAGGAAGGCGUUUCUACACCGCAGUUUCAGGAUCAAAGGCAUCCCUGCAGUUGUAGCAAUUGGGCCUGAUGGCAGGACAGUGAAUACUCACGUCAGGCAGCUUAUACAAGCUUAUGGAGCGGAAGCUUACCCCUUCAACACAGACCGUGUAAAGCAGCUAGAGGAAAAAGUUGAAGAAAUGGCGAAAGGGUGGCCGAAGAAAGUGAAGCAUGAACUCGAUCAUAAGCAUAACUUGAUCCUGACACGACGCUCAGGAUACAAGUGUGAUGGAUGCCAAGACAUGGGAUAUGGAUGGUCAUACUCAUGUGAUGACUGUAACCUCGAUCUUCAUCCGAAAUGUGCUCUGAAGAAGGAAAUAUGGAAACCUGAGAAACACAGUAAAGAUGGAUAUGUAUGUGAUGGAGAUGUGUGCCGUAAAGCAUGA